AUGUCCGAAAAGACCGAGUUUCGCCAGGACUUCUCCUUCGGUUGGCAGCGGGCCCGGCUGCUCGGGGCCUUCUUUAACGGAGCCUUCCUCCUCGCCCUGGGUAUCAGCAUCUUGCUCCAGUCCAUUGAACGCUUCAUCUCUCUUAAGGAGGUCAGCGAGGUGAAGCUGAUGCUCAUCAUGGGCUGUGUGGGCCUCGGUCUGAACAUCAUCACCGCCACCUUUCUGCACGGUCAGUCCAUCACCAAGCCGUUUUCAGAUAAUGAACCUCACACAUCGCUGCCAGAGCAUCAUCACCACCACCAUAACCACCCCGACCGAGACUCCGAAUCUGAAACCAGCUCCGGGACCCAGUUCCCUACCACCCAUCCCCACCAAGACCACACACCGGACGAGUGCCCCUCCAAGGACGCCCUCAAAGGCGCAGCAAUCAGCAACCAUGCCAACCACCACCACACGCAACACACCAUCCAAACACCGGGGCGGGACCUAGGAAUGCUAGGCGCGCUGCUGCACGUGGCAGGGGACGCGCUCAACAACGCCGGGGUGAUCGUAGCGGCGGCAGUGAUGUGGCUGGCGCCGGGGGCCCGGGGCCGGUUCUACGCCGACCCGGCGGUGGGGCUGGCCAUCGCGCUGACGAUACUGCUCUCGGCCGUGCCGCUGGUCCGGCGCAGCGGCGAGAUCCUGCUGCAGAGCGCGCCGGUGGGGGUCAGCCUGCGCGACGUGCGGGAGGAUAUCGAGAAGGUUCCCGGUGUUGUCUCCGUGCAUGAGCUGCACAUCUGGCGGCUCGACCAGCACAAGGCAAUCGCGUCAGCACACGUCAUCGUCUCGGCCCCAGACCUGGCCAGUUUCGUGGCCCAAACCCAUACCAUCCGGGAGUGUCUGCACGCCUAUGGCAUCCACUCGGCGACCCUGCAACCGGAGCUGGUGCCGCCGCCGCCGUCCUCGAUUUGCCCUUCGUCCUCCGACUCGGUCCGUUCCGGCGCGGUGGCGGUGGAGGGCGCUGGUGGUGGCGGCGAUGGUGGUGAUGGCAGCGGCAAGAGGGAGGAAGGUGAGGGCAUUAUUCCUGAGAGGGCGGCCGUGUCUUGCUGUCAGAUGGUGUGCGGCCGGGGCAUGUGUAGCCAUCUCAUGUGCUGCAGUGGUUUGGUGCAGGUGUGAAGGGGGGCAGUUCGUCGGGACCUGGGGUUGCGUUUAAGUUUACUUGCUCCUUUCGAUUGCUCGUCUCGGCGAGGUGGUGGUUGUUUCGAGGAGUUGACGUAGGUUUUCUUUCUCCCUCUCCCUAUGUUGGGCAUACGCCCUUGAGGGGAAGUAAGGAGAUAUGGCAAGGCGUUUCACGCAGAGUAGAUAGAUCCUUAUUAACAUCCCGUUGAGGCGGCACAGGUACCGUGACGUGACGUAUGCGACAUCGGCUAUGCAACCAACUGCCGGAUGGUUCCUUUACUAAGCUCAGCUC